AUGUUUGAUACAGGAGAUCAUGAAUCUCACCAAUCAUUGUCGGAUUUCCGGCAAGCUCGAGACAUCUUCUUGCCUCCUAUAUCGAAUGCAGUUGGGACAAUACUUACCCAAGAAUCUCGGAAACGCAAGCUCACUAACGUUGAACACGAUGAUGACAUCAGAGAAGGGUUCACCAUAAAGUCACACCCAUCGCUUCCAUCCGCCCAAACACGGAAGUUGAUACCAAGGUUACAACUACCACGAUCAUUUCUGCCUCUGGCCUACCUCGACCCGCUUGGAGGCCAGGACGCCCUUCCAGGCUCCAACUUGUUCUCAGCAUACAUCGAAGUCCUCGAAGAAAUUGUGCAUCAGGACCCACGGUCAAAUCAACCGACAGUCUUGAUCGCACAGUCAGCUAUUGAUGACGGGCUCUUUGCUAUCGAGCUUGUACAAGAAGGAAUCUACGCAAUAUGUAGACUGGGUAAUUGGGUGAGUGUGGAUACACUUGCACGACUGCAAACCGUGCCUAUAGAUAUUGUACGCCCGCGAAAAAGACAACAUCAAGGGCAGCCAGGACUUCUCGGAGACAAAUGGUGGAGCACUGCGGCAAUUGCCUUCAGGUCCGAAACCAUAUGUGACCAGGGUAAGAAGUCGAGUGGCGAGAAGACUCGCGGAGUGCGAUUGUGCCUGCAACCGGCCCAACAGGAACCAACUACACCGGCCCAAAUUACCCAAGAAAUAUCUCAACCCGUUUUGCAGGAUCAGACUGGAAACACGUUGACGGACAUGGUGGAGGAAGCAGCGCAAGACCCAGAGGAGGUGCUCAAAACGGUCAGGGUUCAGUACCAGGAGGCUUUAUAUGCGUCUAAGUCGUCGUUGGCAUAUUUUGCAAAAGGGCCAUUGUCUCGAGCACGGGCUGCAUUUUCCGUCCCCGAUGGCUCUGCCAAUAACCACUCGCAUCUGACUUCAUUCUUGAGAUCUUGCAUCCUGCCACUUGCUACUAUGGACACCAAGUACCGGGAAGCAUUGCCGGAAUUAGUCAAAGGAUUCCCCUUCGAAUCGCAUUCGGACGACGAAUGUACCACCGUAAUUGAAACGAUUAGCAAGAAAAUUCGCAAGUCCAAGAAAAUCAGUGUUGGCAAAAAUGGCUUAUAUCCAGGAGAAGAAGCCAACAUUGCUCGAUGGUGGCUUAGCAGAAAUCUAUCUUCUGUUGCUUGCGAUUCUGCAGAUGCAAGAGAAGACGCGACCAGGUCAGCUGUGCUUGAGCAGAGGGCUAGAGAAAUUCAAAUGCAAAUCAUUCUCUCUCUUGAGACUCUUGCACUAGAAUCGUUAGCGACAAACCAGCCAGUGGAGAAUUCACCACCAACAGAUUUCAUAGAAGGAGACGAUGGCUCAAAGAAUAGAAAAAAGAAGAAACCCAAGAGGCCCCAGGACCUCAGCAUGUUGUUGGAUCUACUUGUCGACCGCCUGUGCAUUUGGCAGUCAAUGAGCGUAGAUGAGAUGAAGACCUCAAAUGGAGAGGACGGGCCUGUAUCUCCACAUGGAGCAAACUCAGCCGUGAAAGCAGCAGGCAGAGACCAUCUGCGGCAAUUCUGUGUAGAUGUUGUGCUGCCUUUCUAUGGAGCACGCCUGCCAGAGUUGACGACUUUGCUCUGCCAAAAGCUCGGAGGGUCUAAGCAACCUUCGCCGAGGCGGCCACCAUUGGCGAAAUGUGCAUCAUCCUACGGAUCAAUAAAGCCGGGUGCAUCAUUGCAAAGACAGCAAAUCCGAAGACCUCGACGUACUUUGGAACGUGUGCUGACCGACGAGCGAACUGCCUCCCAAAAGCCACCGCCGUCCUUGCCACGAUCUGCCACUGACCCUGUCUUGCCCCAAGUGAAACGCGAAGUCAGUGACACAUCUUUGUCGUCAAUUCCGCUCAACAGAGUCGCAAUGCACAAGCGCUAUAGCCAGCGAGAAAUAGAUUUACACGCAACAUCACAGGCUGCCGAGGCUAAGCUCAAGAAGAAAACGAGAGUAGAGCAGGAGCUUCGAGGUGCAAUCGCCGCGCUGAAGAGGCCCAAUCCUCGCAUGGCGGUCAAGGACCUAGUCGAGUAUGCAGAGAGAAGGGCGGCAGCGUCACACUCGAGAAAGCCUAAGAACCCUGUUCGUAAUCCUUUCGCCCAAGGCGCUCAAGUUAUGGCUACGCCAAGCAACAAUAGACACAAGGACGUUUACGGCGGUCUGACACGUUUUCCACGGCAAAGUAUAGCGUCACUACCUGAGCUAGAAGAAGUCCCACCGUCAAGCAUUUCUUGUGUGCCUUCAUCUUCAAGGAAGCCAAGACGGUCGCCCUUCUUAGCCCCGGAUAGCACAAGAAAGACCGACAGCAGCGCUUUGGCUUUGCCUGUCGUUGAAACACCAACAAGAGGUCCAUCCAAGCUUUGGGGCCGUCCUCCGAUCUCUACAGCGGCGAUAGAGUCUGUUGCUGAUGUGUCUCACCCACCACCUCUAUCAGCAGCAUUGAAUCCACCUAAAGCUUCCAAUGGCAUAUUUACUUCUCCUCAAUUGCCUUUGCAGGUUCAUGAGACGCCAUCGAAGUUUCGUUGUUCGCAUCAAGUUGAACGAUCUGAAGAUGCUAGCAUCAGUGCAACGCCAGUCAAAGCUCCGCCCCCUGCGAACAAAGCUGCGGACAACUCGCCAAAAGCUGUCUUGUCGCCAUCAUCGCAGGGAAAGGAGGAAUCUAUCUACGCGGCUUUGGGAUGGGAUGAUGAUGUUGACGAACUGUUAUAA